GUGGGGCUGCCACGUCUACGAGGCGCCUUCUACACACUAUCAACUUUCCCAACAACGCGUCUUUCCCAGUUCUCAACAUUACCGUUUCAAACACGCACCAUGGCAACUUCGUCUGUUGUUAAGCUCUCCGCUUCCCAGCAUCCCGAGUUUUAUGUAUCCGGGAUUACUGCCGAGUCGGCGGAAGCGGCGUCGAAGCUAUUGCAAGAAAAUCAUGACCAGCAUCACAUCUUUUUCAAUGAAUCUGGAUAUCAUAACCACAUCGCACAUCACCUGCUCACAAUAUUCGCUCUUGGCGCUUCUCCAUCUACCCUCAAAAAGCAAUACGAUGCCAACAAGUCGUAUCAACGGCCUGUAGUAGCGCUUGAAAGAUCUGUCAUCGACGAUAUGCAUGAUCCAGAUCGCUUCAAGUCCUACUUGGGAAAGGAGAAGUAUUACCGUGACUUCCUAGUGUUCUUCGAGAAAGAGAUAGAGCAAAAGGGGUGGGAGAACGUCCUUAAUGAGUACGUGUUCGCAGGCGAUGAACGCGCUGAAGACUUGCUCGUCCGGAUGUACGCAGGCUUCCUUCAUCCUAUCAUCCAUCUCGGCUUCGGAGUGGAAUUCCAGCAACCAGCAAUUAUUGCAGAGGCACUCGCUCAGGCAGCUAUUCAUGAUACUUGGAUAGGCAGGUUUCUCCUGCCAGCUGAAGAGGCAGCAAAGAAGAUCAAUGUGUCGAAGUCGAAAUCUCUAGUGGAAUUACUUGCCGAAAUCCAAGCCGACAAGAAGCUCAGCACCGCCGCGGACUGGGACGACGGGAAUAAGAUCCGAGAUGGGCUUCUUAAACGUGCGCCAAACGAGAUGAUCAAGUAUGCUAGCCGAUACAGCGUACAAGAAUCUGAACUGGACGAGAAGGUCGCUGAGAUGACAAACACUGCCAUAUAUUACACCAGCAGCGCGCAGAAUCCGAAAAAGCUAAUCAAGUUCGACUUUUACUACAUGCACUGCGUCAACGCCUCGAUUUUCUUUUCAACCUUCCUCAAGCAAGGCUGGCUCAGCAAUGCCAACAAGGCCCGCAUCCUAGAGUGGAAAGGCCGACUCGACUUAGCCAUGUACGCGUCGCGGCGGUCUCCGGAUCUGCUUAUCGAUGAAGUCACCAACUACCAGCCGAAAAAUGCGACCAAAGAUGCGUCUGAAUCCUGGGCUAGUAUUUUUGAGCGAGUCAGAAACACCGACGAUGAUGGACAUGCAGCGAAGCUUGUAAGGGCGGUGGCUCAUGGACAAGUGAUCUCUGAGCCAUAUGAGGGAAAAGACAGCUUCAAGGUCAAGAAGGAUAUGUGGUUGAAGUUGGGCAAUAUGGUGAUUGAUUCUGUCGAAGCGGGUGAACCGCGUUGGGUGAGAUCGGCGGGAUUUUCGCAGGCGUGGGACAGUGUUCCUGAGCGGCCGAGGGCACAGUUAUGAUUGAAGAUGUAAGUUUUGUGUAGAAGUGUUUUCUCUUAUCAAUCAGAAGGCUUCAUUGCAUGCGUU